CAACAACCUCCCCCUCUAACAACCCACCCUGUUUUCCUCGGUCUCUCGAAUUCCCACGCAUAAAACGACCCUACGAAACGUCUCUUCGCUUUUUUUUAUUUCCUUUCGUCGAGUCUCAAACAAAUUCCGCGGGCCACAAUGUGGAUUAUCAACUGGUUCUACGAUUUCCUGGCAUCUCUUGGCCUCCUUAACAAGCAUGCCAAGCUCCUGUUUCUCGGUCUCGAUAAUGCCGGAAAGACGACCCUUUUGCACAUGUUAAAGAAUGACCGUGUUGCGAUUCUGCAGCCUACCGCGCAUCCGACAUCCGAGGAACUGGUGAUUGGAAACAACAAGUUUACCACCUUCGACCUUGGCGGUCACAAACAGGCCCGCCGUCUCUGGAAAGACUACUUCCCCGAAGUCAACGGAAUCGUUUUCCUUGUCGACGCCCAGGACGUCGAACGAUUCCCCGAGUCCAAAGCCGAGCUCGAUGCCCUCCUUUCCAUGGAAGAACUUGCAAAGGUCCCCUUCUUGGUGCUUGGGAAUAAGAUCGAUCAUCCCCACGCCGUCAGCGAGGAGGAGCUGAGGCAUCAGUUGGGCCUGUAUCAGACAACGGGCAAGGGAAAGGUUCCGCUCGAAGGUAUCCGACCCAUCGAGGUGUUUAUGUGUAGUGUUGUUAUGAGACAAGGUUAUGGCGAAGGUAUCAGAUGGUUAUCCCAAUACGUCUGAUGAAAUUGAGCAAUAUGAUGAUUAUUAUUUUUUUAUUUUUGUAUUUCUGUUCCCGUUUCUGUUUCCAUGCGUCCUCUGAUCUCAAUCUUUCUCGCUGUUUUGUCAUCUGCGUGUUCCGUUCCCAGAUCAACUUCUUGUUUUCUUUCUUCCUCGUUCCCGGUGUUCGUUAGAUGUUAAGCAAAUUAUAGCGUCCCCAUUUGGAAACAUUUCUUUUCAGUCGUGGAGUUUUCCUUGAAAUGUCUGGAUUAUCUCCUAGAAUUUUUUUUUUAAAUAAAAAUUAAUUAAUCCAAUGUUCA